AUGGAAACCAGACACUCUAUUCGCAGCACUUCACCACCGGGCAGUGAAGCCCAGAUACGUUUAUGUCCAGAGAAAUUCGAUGAAUCCACCGAGGAGCAGAAAUUACCACCAGUCGACGGCGGGUUCCAAGCAUGGAUGUUUUUGGCAGCUUGUGUAAUGCUGGAGGCUUUGAUCUGGGGAUUUGCAUUCUCAUUUGGGGUCUUUCAGAAGUACUAUGCUUCUCAUGAGGCCUUCGAACACACGAGUAUGGUAGCCGUCAUUGGAACAUGUGCAACGGGAAUCUCAUAUCUGAGCUGCCCACUGGUGAUAGUCAGCAUGAUCCUACUACCAAAGUUUGGCCGGUGGUUCUCAUCUUUCGGACUUGUCAUCAUGUGUCUAUCGCUAGCCCUGGGCUCAUUAUCAACCAGCGUCACCCACCUUGUACUCUCACAAGGCGUCGGCUUUGGCAUCGGCGGCUGCAUAGCCUACAGUCCGUCCAUUCUGUACAUGGACGAAUGGUUCGUGCACCGACGAGGCCUAGCAUUCGGCAUCACCUGGGCCGGAUCUGGAGUCUCCGGACUAAUCUUCCCAAUCGGACUGGAGAAGCUACUAGCCGCGUACGGAUUCGAGACUACACUUAGAGUUAUCUCGGUCCUCAUAUUCGUUCUCGCGGCACCAUUCCUCUACUUUCACAAACCCCGUCUACCAGUCAAAAAGACCGUCUGCUAUCAUCGCCUGAACUUCCGAUUCUUGACAACCCGCAUCUUCUGCGUCUACCAGCUCGGCAACAUCUUCGAGGCGCUGGGCUUUUUCUUGCCAGGGAUUUAUCUGCCGACGUAUGCGCGCAGCAUCGGGGCUACAGACUUUCUGUCUUCGUUGACUAUCACGCUUCUGAAUCUGGCUUCGGUGUUUGGGAGUGUGACCAUGGGCCAUUUGGCAGAUCGAUACCAUGCUAUCACCUGUAUUACCAUCUCGACUGUCGGGAGUGCUGUUUCCGUGUUGCUUCUGUGGGGAUUUUCGACGACUCUCCCGACACUAUUAGUCUUCUGCAUCGGGUAUGGCUUGUUUGCGGGUUGCUAUUCGGCUACGUGGUCGGGUAUCACGCAUGAGGUUCGACGUGUUGAUCCCUCGGCGGAUGCAACCCUUAUCUUCUCGGUGAUUGCUUUUGGGCGGGGGAUUGGUAAUGUUGUUAGCGGGCCUUUUAGCGAGGCUUUGCUUCGCGUGGAUCAUUCGAGUAAUCCUGCUAUGGGGGGUUAUGGGAGUCAGUAUGGGUUGAUCAUUUUGUGUACGGGGAUCAGCGUGUUGUUGAGUGGAGUUUGUAUAGUUGCGCAUCACUUGAAAUGUAUAUAG